CCGCCUCCCCCUAUGGACAUCAUAAGUGAACGCCUCCUGACCAGAAAGAGGAUCUAAUUAAGUUGUGACCGGAAGUAUUUCUUGAAGUCUGAUUCAUGGAACAAUAGAAGUGUUAAUUAAAUUAAUAAAUCUUAAAAGGCAGUCGACAUCAUGCAUCUUUAUUUGUCGCAAUAAAUGUAAUUUGAUUAAAAUAGCAGGCAAACUUUAUGACAGACACUAAAAUUGCACUGAAUUCCCUUAUUGUUUUUAAAUUUGAUUAUAAAAACCGGUUUAACUUGUAAACUGAGCGCAAUUAUUGAAGUAAAAGUUGUCGGUACCAAAAAAAAUGUAUCAUCUUCCACGUAAUUCAUUUUCAGUCUCCGGUUGUUCUUAAAAAUUAGCAGUCAAGUUUUUAUAAUCGGCACACGUUGUUUUGAGUUUGAUAAUCGUUUGUUUACAAAAAUGUAUAAAAUUAAUUCAUAAAUAAAUUAAUUUUUAAAGAAACAUUGUGUUUGAGUGUUGUGACUGUGUAAACAUCAUUCAUUCAUCAGCUGGCAGUCAAGCAAGUAGCAUCAUGAGAGUGUUAAUAUUUCAAGAUCUUAAACUCAGCUUUGAGUCCGAAAAUCCAAAGAAGUUUCUGAAAUCACAGUGGCAGAAAGAAGACAAAAGCUUAACAUAUGUGAUACACCGGAUAGCCCUUGCAGCCUUUUUUAUCUUCUCAUACACAAAUGGACUGGUCAACUCAGCAAUUCAAGAUCAGAUUCUAUUGUCAUUCAUCUAUCUGACAAGAUUAAAUAUGUUGGCAACAGCAAUAACAUGUACAAUUGGUGCUUGCUAUGCCUUAUCAUUUUACUAUGGAAAAACCAAGCCACAAGAUCGAAUGACAUUAGGAUUGAAGUUUUAUUGGUUUAUGUACAAUAAUAUUGUGCCAUUUGCGUGUGCAGUCAGUUUAGUUUACUGGAUUUUACUUUACGGAACUGACAAAGAUGAUCACAUUAGUUUAAAUAAUGUUUUGAUGCACAUGACAAACUCAAUUGUGCUGCUUUUUGAUCUUCUAGUGAUUCAGCAUGAAUAUCGGAUUUUACACUUCCUUUAUUCACUGAUUUGUGGAACUUUAUAUUUAGCAUUCACAAUAAUUUAUCCCGUACUUGGUGGUGUUAAUGAUCGUGGACACAAUUACAUUUAUUCAGUGCUGGAUUGGAAGAAGAAUCCAACGAAAGCAGUAAUUUUAACUUUCGGAGUUUAUGUUCUGUUAUUUGUUCUUCAUGUGAUGAUUUGUGGAAUCGCUAAGGUCAAGCAAAUGGUUCAUGACUGUAUUUUAGUGAAGUCAAAGAAUGACAAUGAAUUACAAGUUGUUCAUAGAAAUGAUAUUAAUACAGUGUAAGCUUUGAAGAUUCUCAUAAAUAAUUAUUAAGUGUUAGCAAAAUGACAAAUACGCAGAAAAUUCUCAAAGCAGUUCAAUUACUAGACAUGUUAUGAAAUUAAAAAAAAAGUGUUUAUAAUCUAAAGCAGUAAAUUUAUUAGAAUAUUGCAUUACAAAGAUACAAUAAGUUAUUAAGUUGAAUUAAUAAUUAAUUUUAAUAUGCAACCAUUGCACUUAUUAAAGAAAUACUCAAACUAUGAACCACGACACAUGAAUUGGAUUUAAUUUUUUGGUAUGAUAAGCUAGUAGUGUAGCUAAAGGCGACUGUGAUUAGGCGACACUUUUUUAAGCUUCACUUGCAAUUGUUCCUAUGCUUCUGUAAUUAUUAGCAGCUUUUAAUUUAUAUAUUAGACGGGCCACACUCCACAAAGAUAAGAAGAAAUUAUAUAAAUCUAUCCGAAUUUUAAGAUGUGUAGAACUGAACAAGAAUGACUGAAAAAUAAAGAAAUUAU